GUCAUCAAAGAAACAGCUGAUGCUUUGGUUACCACUGGUCUCUCUAAGCUCGGUUACAACUAUGUUAACAUCGAUGAUUGCUGGGCUGAACUUUCUCGUGAUAAAAAGGGAAAACUGGUGCCGAAGAAGUCAACAUUCCCUUCUGGUAUUAAAGCGCUUGCGGAUUAUGUUCACAGCAAGGGCCUUAAGCUUGGGAUCUACUCUGAUGCAGGGUAUUUGACAUGCAGCAAAACCAUGCCUGGCUCUCUAGGCUAUGAGGAGAAAGAUGCCAAAACAUUUGCAGAAUGGGGAAUAGAUUACUUGAAGUAUGACAACUGCAACACCGACGGUACGAGACCAACAGUCAGGUAUCCAGUUAUGACACGCGCUCUGAUGAAAUCUGGACGCCCCAUCUUCCACUCCUUGUGUGAAUGGGGGGACAUGCAUCCAGCUCUGUGGGGAGCUCCACUAGGCAACAGUUGGAGAACUACUAAUGACAUCAAUGACAGUUGGCUUAGUAUGAUAUCAAUUGCAGACAUGAACGAAAUCUACGCUGCGCAUGCAAGGCCUGGUGGCUGGAACGAUCCGGAUAUGCUUGAAGUUGGAAAUGGAGGGAUGACCAAAGACGAGUACAUAGUCCAUUUCAGCAUAUGGGCUAUCUCUAAGGCUCCGCUUCUACUUGGCUGUGACAUAAGAAACAUGACCAAAGAGACUAUGGAGAUUGUGGCAAACAAGGAGGUCAUUGCUAUUAAUCAAGAUCCACAUGGUGUUCAGGCCAAGAAAGCUAGAAUGGAAGGUGAUAUCCAGGUUUGGGCAGGACCAUUGUCAGGUUACAGAGUAGCUUUGCUUCUGUUGAACCGUGGACCAAAACGAUCUGACAUUACUGCUUUUUGGGAUGAUAUUGAGAUCCCUCCAAAUAGCAUUGUUGAAGCUAGAGAUCUUUGGGAGCACAAGACAUUGAAGCAAAAGUUUGUAGGGAACUUGACGGCAACGGUUGAUUCUCACGCUUGCAAGUUGUAUGUUCUCAAACCUGUUGCCUGAUGUAAUAACCAAUUUGUUCUGUUAAAAACAACAACUGUUCAUCUCAAUAAAGUACUCCACGUUAUGCUUAAAUUUUGAAACGAAUAUAUAUCUGUAUAAUGAUGAACUCUUUGCUUU